GGCUGGGCCGGGCGGUGAUGCGGCUGCUUCGCCCUGAAUGGCGAUUGAUUGAAGCGCGUUGUGUGCGGCCCGGAGACAGACAGCAAACCGCCCCUCACCGCCGCUGACGACGAAGAACAUGUCGGAUAAGAGCGGAGACUCAGGGAAAGUCUCUCAACUCGAGUGCGAGCUGUACUACUUGAUCGCUCGCUUUCUCCUAUCCGGACCCUGUCAAAAGUCGGCGCAGGUCCUGAUCCAAGAGCUGGAGGAGCACCAGCUGAUUCCGAAGCGGUUGGACUGGGAAGGGAAAGACCAUCGCCGGAGCUUCGCUAACCUGGUUUUAGCCAAUAAACAUGUGUCUUCAGAUCACUUGCUGCGCGUCUGUCAGCGAAUUGGGCCCCUUUUGGAUAAAGAACUCCCACCAAGUGUUCCUGGAGUACAGACGUUGUUGGGAGUCGCACGACAGUCAUUGUUACGAACAGCAAAAGAUUGCAAGUAUGUUGUGUGGAAAGGCUCUGCUUUUGCUGCCCUUCAUCGAGGAAGACCACCAGAACCACCUAUAAACUAUGGGAAACCUCCAAAUGUUGUGAACAUUACUGGUGCCAGGCAGCUGAUGGGAUGUGGACGGCUCAACCAUGUUUUUCCUGUUGUCACAUACCAGCACGUGAAAAUGUACAGAAGAAUACUUGGACAUCUUUCCUCUGUGUACUGUAUAGCUUUUGACCGUGCAGGGAGAAGAAUUUUUACGGGUUCUGAUGAUUGCUUGGUGAAGAUCUGGGCCACAGAUGAUGGUCGACUACUCUCUACUCUGCGUGGGCAUUCAGCUGAAAUUUCCGAUAUGGCUGUGAACUAUGAGAACACACUGAUUGCUGCAGGGAGUUGUGAUAAAGUGAUCCGUGUUUGGUGCUUACGGACAUGUGCUCCUGUCGCUGUAUUGCAAGGACAUACAGGGUCUAUAACUUCUUUAUUGUUCUGCCCAGGGACCAGAGGAACAACACGACAUUUGACAUCCACAGGAGCUGAUGGGACAAUCUGCUUUUGGCAAUGGAGGACAGACACAACAAAAUUUAAUGAGUGCCCAGUGAAAUUUACAGAGCGAUCUAGACCAGGCAGUCAGAUUUCGUGUUGCUCUUUCAGUUCUGGCGGAAUGUUACUGGCAACUGGUAGCACGGAUCACGUGAUCAGGGUUUAUUACUUGGGCUCUGGUUCCCCAGAGAAGAUUUCUGAGCUGGAGUCGCACACGGAUAAAGUGGUUGCUAUUCAGUUCUGCAACAACAAUCAUAGUUUAAGGUUCGUUAGUGGUAGUAGAGAUGGGACGGCUAGAAUCUGGCAGUACCAGCAGCAGGAAUGGAAGAGCAUUGUUCUUGAUAUGUUUACUAAAUUACCGGGGAACAACCCAGCUUCAGUGGAAGACAAAGUCACUAAGUUGAAAGUAACUAUGGUAGCAUGGGAUCGAUGUGACAGUGUAGUCAUCACAGCAGUUAAUAAUUUUCACUUGAAAGUAUGGAAUUCCUGCACUGGACAGCUUCUUCAUAUCCUACCAGGUCAUGAUGAUGAAGUGUUUGUUCUGGAAGCUCAUCCGUUUGACUCCAGGAUUAUGUUGUCCGCGGGACAUGAUGGCAACAUAUUCAUUUGGGACCUUUCAAAAGGUACCAAGAUUCGCAACUAUUUCAACAUGAUUGAAGGUCAGGGUCAUGGUGCUGUGUUUGAUUGUAAGUUCUCUCCAGAUGGACAGCAUUUUGCAUGCACCGACUCUCAUGGACAUCUACUUAUAUUCGGGUUUGGUUGCAAUAAGCCAUAUGAAAAGAUUCCAGACCAAAUGUUUUUCCACACCGAUUACCGUCCUCUUAUCCGUGAUGUCAACAAUUAUGUGCUGGAUGAGCAGACUCAGCAGGCGCCACAUCUCAUGCCUCCUCCAUUUCUUGUUGAUGUGGACGGAAACCCCCAUCCAACGCGAUACCAACGACUGGUGCCUGGUCGCGAAAAUUGCAUGGAUGAGCAGCUCGUUCCACAAUUGGGUUACAUGGCAAAUGGGGAUGGUGAAGUUGUGGAACAAGUCAUUAGCCAACAGACGGAUGAUCAGUACGAGAACGGACAGGAACCCAGUGUUCUUGAUGACGUCAUUAGGGAGCUCCAGCGAGAACAUGACCUGAGGCAGGGAAAUGACAGAGCGGCUCAACAGAAUGCUCCAUACAGCAGAUCAAAUUCAGGGAACAGUGCCUUGCGGAAUCCAAACUUAGAUGUGCUUUCUCCACCAAAUGUUGGGCUUCGACGGAGUGGACAGAUUGAAGGUGUUCGACAAAUGCAUAAUAAUGCCCCUAGGAGUCAGAUGGCUACAGAAAGGGAUUUGAUGGCUUGGAGCAGAAGGGUUGUGGUCAUGGAACUUCCCUUAAGAAUUAGCAGAUUUCAGGAAGAGCUGCGAUUUUCUAAAGGCGAGUCAGAAAUUAAUCUGUAUACAACAGAAAAGAAACGCAAACCACAGCAACCAACACAGAAGAUCGAUGGCCAGGAUUAUUUUCAACGCUCAGGGAGGCGGGCUCAACGCCGAAACCAACAUUCGUACCAAACCAGAUCAACUGUAGUACGGCGUCUUCGAAUUACCCGGCGACUGGAAGAAACUAAUAAUUCUUCAGAGGAAAUUGAGACAGUAGAUGGAAGUGAUGGGUCCUCUGAUGAGGCUGAAGAAGAGUGGCAGAGUGAAAGCACUUCAAGUGACUCUUCAAGUGAGUACUCGGAUUGGACAACUGAUGCUGGUAUUAACCUCCAACCACCCAAGCGAUUAGUGAGGCGAGCCGUACGGCACAUCAGCAGCAGCUCGGAGGAUGAGAAAAUGGAAGGAAGAUUACCUGUAAAACGCAAGAAGCCCAAACAAUCAAAACAAAAGAAGCCAAGUGAGCUCCGUGCAGUGGAGGGUGAGCCAGCUGAGGAGUGGAUACCCCCAGCUUGGAUCCGAGAUGCAGUACCCCGUAGGUCUCCGUUUGUCCCUCAGAUGGGGGAUGAGGCUGUGUAUUUUCGUCAAGGGCAUGAAGCAUAUAUUAAAGCAGUUAAAAAAGCAAAAAUUUACAGUGUACACCUUCAGAAGCAACCAUGGAACAAAAUGGAACUCAGGGAGCAGGAAUUUGUGAAAGUUAUUGGAAUCAAGUAUGAAAUUGGGCCACCUACAUUAUGCUGUCUGAAGCUUUCUCUUUUAGACCCCAUCACUGGCAAAAUGAGUGGAGAAUCUUUCUCUAUUAAGUAUCAUGAUAUGCCAGAUGUCAUCGAUUUCUUAGUGUUGCGUCAGUUUUACGAUGAAGCAAAAAACAGAAAUUGGCAAGUUGGGGACAGAUUCCGCAGUAUAAUAGACGAUGCCUGGUGGUUUGGUUCAGUGGAGACCCAGCAUCCCUUUCAGCCCGAAUAUCCUGACAGUUUAUUCCAGUGUUACAAUGUCUGCUGGGACAAUAGUGAGUUGGAAAAGAUGAGUCCCUGGGACAUGGAACCAAUUCCUGACAAUGCUACCUACCCUGAUGAAGUUGGUUCUAGUGUUCCGGUUGAUCCAGAGGAAGUUAAAAACUUGUUAUAUAAACCUCAGGAUGGUGAAUGGGGUUCCUGCAGUAUGGAUGAAGAAUGUGAACGUAUUAUUCAGGGAGUCAAUCAACUACUUACACUUGAAAUAGCUGCACCAUUUUCUGCACCAGUGGAUCUUUGUGCCUACCCAUUGUAUUGCACUGUGGUUUCAUAUAUGACUGAUUUCAACACCAUCCUCAAGAAAUUAGAAAACCGUUUUUAUAGGAGAAUCUCUGCACUGAUAUGGGAAGUGAGAUACAUUGAACACAAUGCUAGGACUUUCAAUGAGGUUGGCAGUCCUAUUGUGAAGUCAGCCAAGAUGUGUACUGAUGUGUUACUUCUGUUUAUUGGUGACCAAAGCUGCACUAAUAUACUGGAGCUGUAUGAUAAAAUUAAGACUGAGGAACAUAGCAGUGAUGAAGAUGAUGAGGAAGCUGGAACAGAUUUGGAUUCUGAUGCUCCUGGAACUUCUUCAGACAGAAUGCAUCGGCUUCCAAGACAACUGAACAAGAGACCAGCAAUGUGUGUUGAUGUGAACGCUUGGAAAGAACAAUGCAGAGAAUUUCUGAAUUUCCUCAUUCAGUGUGAAGACUCUGAACCCUUUCGGCAACCAGUGGACCUCUUUGCAUAUCCUGACUACAGGGAUAUAAUAGAUACUCCAAUGGACUUCGGCACUGUGAAAGAAACCAUUGAAGAGGGAAAUUACAAAACUCCUAUGGAAUUCUGCAAAGAUGUUCAAUUAAUUUUCAGCAACUCCAAAGCCUACACGCCCAACAAGAAAUUAAGGGUAAAGCGAAUAUUUUCUUUUGGAAAGAUAUACAGCAUGACACUCAGGUUAUCAGCCUUAUUUGAAUCGCAAAUGAAAAACAUCAUCUCUGAUUAUAAGUCAGCCUUGAAGUGCCAAAAUAAGAAUAAACCGAAGCGAAAGUACAGGAAACGAUUUAGGAGCAGCAGCAGUGGUAGCAGUAAUAGUAGUAGUGAUAGCAGCAGCAGCAGCAGUAGCAGCGACAGCAGCAAAAGCAGUAACAGCAGCAAGAGCAGUUCUCGGUCCAACUGUAAGAGCUGCUCACACUGUAGCAGCAGAGCAUCCAGCCUAGAGAACAAGCCAGCAAAGACUUCACCUAAAACAGAACUGAAUACCUCACCGUCCUGUUCAGCUCGAGCCACCCCAUCAAGAUCAUCUCAAGCUUCAGAAACCGAUGAUCCCUCAGGUUUACUCAUUGAUGAGGUUCAGACUCAGCAGCUGUUGCCACUCCCUCAGUGGGAUGCACAGAGCCAGUGUGGAAGUGACUCAGAGCCUGGGAGCACCAGAGUAACCAGGAGCACAGCUACACCAGUGAAGCAAGAUGAAUCCUCUAAUGGUCCUCUCGUCAAUGGUCAUGGAGAGCAAACGUCUGCAAAGAGAAAGUUUAUAAGUGACUCAGAGGAAAGUAGUUCAGACAAUAGAAACAGUGGGGAGAUGGAAGAUAUUCCACACUUGAACAGCAAAACGACAAGACCUGGUACAAGUUCUGAAAGUGGGUCAGAAUUGGGUUCUGGUUCCAAUAAAGACUGCAUUGAAGGAGAUCAUGAUUAUAGUAAGAUAGUAAGAAGAAAAGGGAAAGGAAAUAUAAAAAUAAGCACAGGUGUAGGCAGAGGAAGAGGAAGAAGGAGAAAAGGCUUCAAAGGUUUCAAGACCAUCAACAGAAAUAAACGGGCAAGAUUGUUGGACAAUGAUUAUGGGUUUGAGGAUGAGUUUUGUGCUGAUCGGUUUGAUAAACGGUCUACCAUAACAACCAGAAACCAAGGUAGAAGGACAGUUUUAUACAAUGAUGACUCUGAUGAUGAUGAUGGUUUCCUACCAGCUCAUGAACCUCUAAACCUUGGUAUGUCAAGAUCAGGCAGGGUGCGACGGAUGACCGAAAAAGCCAAGGCUAGUCACUUAAUGGGAUGGAGUCAUUAAUUGUUAAAGCAAAGAACUUUUUUUUUAAAAAAACUAAAGUGAUUACAUUUAUACUGCAGGGAUUAUAUAUGCACAUUAUUUUUUACUAAUUUAUGUGGGGGAAGGGGAUCUUCAGUUUUUUUUUUUUUUUUUGCAGUGGUGCUUAUCCCAGUCACCCAGUGCACUUCAGUUUUCAGAACCAACUGCUGAGGCAAACCUCAAAUGAAAGUGUAGCCUUAAUGCAGUAAAAACUCAGCAUCAGAAUUAAAUCUCUUAUAAUAUGGAGUACCACGUGUAUCAGAAACUUUGAAAUCCAUGGGUGGUUGUACACCAUAUAGCAGAAGCUUUUUAGUUUACCUUGGUCAUUUUCAGCAUAUUUGGACAGAGUUCCUUAUCUCAAUUCAAACCGAACACUUGCAGAAAUUAUUCAGAUUUUAUGCCAUAACUUCUUGCUAUACAAUAAUAAGUCUGUCAUGGUUUUGCACAAUUCUUCCAGUAUCAAUGGCAGCUAUUAAAGUUUACAGCAUGAAUAUCCUUUCCACUAAUUAAGGUUAUGACUUAUUUGCUCUGCACUGGCCAUUUUUUGUUAAAUUUAGAAUUGAAUUGUAAUAUAUACAACAUGUCCUAGCUUGUUUUUGUUUUAAAGAUGGAUUUAAAAUUCACUAAUAGAUUUUGUUUUCCAUUGAUGGAGGUAAUGAGCAAAUACUGGUUGGUGCCUUUUGUAAAUGUUGUUUGAGUUUUAAGUGUGUGAGUGAAUGGUGUUUCACAAAUGUUUGCAUUCUGUAUAAAUUGAAAAUGAAAUUCAAAGCAAGCGGUGCCAAUUGUUCCAAUGUUUACACCCAUCAGAUACAUGUAGAAUUUAAAUGUAUAUAUCAUUAUAACUUUUUUUAAAAAACAGCUCUACUCGGUGCUUUCUACUUGCCACUACAGUAUCCUUCAGCCAGCAAUAUGAGCUGUUGUGGAUCACAGCCCGUUUGUUGCUCUGGUGGUACUGCCAGACCUUGAUCAUCCCAAUAAAAGCGUAAUUUGCAGAAUGAGAUUAAACCGGUUUUAAAUCUCUUAUAAUAUGGAGUACCUUACAGUAACUAGACACCCCAUCUGGUACUUCAGCAAAACGUAGCUAAUACGGAUUGAUUCAGGGAUAUGGUUUCAGCUUUGUUUAGCCACUGGUGAUUUUUUUUCUCUCCCAGCAUUUUACAUUGCUUUCCAUAUUGAUAGUCAAUAUACAGUACAGUUUUUUGCAUUAUAUACUGCAGAAGCAUCCAAUGAUAUAGUGUGAUAUCUGUAGUUCUGAGGAUUCACACUGACUCCAGAGCAUUGAUCCAGCUUUAAAAAAAAUCCCAAAUCUCACAAUAUUUGAUUUGGCUUCACACCAUCUGAAUAAGAAGUUGGAUUUGGAAAUGUUCAUUCCUAGCAACUGAGCACAUGCAUGUGUUAGAACUUGAUUCCAAAUACACGUAUCUCCUGAAGAGAAUCCUUCAUUACAAGAAAUGCCAGGAACCCCUUUAAAAUAUUUUAUAAAGUAUUUGAGCACAUUAAGUAUUAUAAAAAAAAUUAUGGGCCCGUGUCCAAUUUCAGCAUUUUUUUAACGUGUGUUCAAGAACUGAGAGAUUCAUGUUAACACAGUCAACUGGUUUAUUUAUUUUAUAAUAAUUUAUAAUAAUCUUUGCAUUUGAUAGAGCAUCUUAUCACGUUGUUGAGACGUCUCAAAGUGCAUUACAGAAUAUAUUGUAAAGUGGAUUGACUGUGCUUUAUAACACGGUUAACACAAAGUGGAUUAACACUUUUUAAAAAGGGAUGCAACCAUAAAGCUUUAUAGACUAGCAUUCUGGAGAAAAACUUUGAAUACUGUAGGAUUUUCUGAGAACCUGGAUAUACUGCACUGUAUCUGCUAAUUAUCUGCAAAUUAUGCUAAGUUACAUUUUCUUGCAGUUUGCAUUUUCCAUUGAAUAAGAUGGUAUUUGCACCAGAGUAACAUUUUUAAAAUGAUUUUUUAAAAUCUAAAGUGCUUCACUAAAGUUGCUUGAAAAAUUACAACCUACAGAGUUGUACAGAAAUAAUCUGUACUUGUCUAUUUUUCUAUAGAUUCUGCACAGAGCACGAGUCCAUAUUUUAUAGAUAAUGAGUCUUUGUAAACUCCUUUCUUUUUCUAAAUAUCCGAAUCAUGUCUGCACAAUCAAAACACAUUUUAAAAGGUUACUUGUUCAGAAGAGCUGUUGAGUGACAGCUCUAGUGAAACGCCUUAUUGAAUUCUUCACAGAAUACGUUUUAUGGUAGUAAAUGCUUUCACCCCAUCCCCUUAUCAUGCAGCACAUUUUUCUAAUUUAUGAAAAAUGCAAUGUAUUUUUAAUUUCUCAGUCCUUGAUGUAAAUUUCAACCAAAAUCUCCAGGUACAUGGUACAAAAUGGACCACAUGCAUUAAGUCAAAUUUUCGAGGGACGUCUAUUCACCAAAUCCUUAAUCUUGGUGUUCUCAGAAAGUCCCCUUUUAUAUACAUAUAUAUAUUUUAAAAAGUUAGCAUUUCAGGGAUAUUUUCUUGCCACACUGGCAGACCAAAUGUAAUAUUCAUAUGCAAUGAAAUAAUGUGAGUUUUAGUUGACAAUUUUUCUACUGUAAAAAGUGUACAUAUGUAAUCUGCUUUUGUUUAUAAAAUAGUU